AUGAUCCUCCUCGCCUCACCCCAGAUCAUCGCCGGCGCCGGCGCCGUGCUGGGCGUGGUCUCGCACCUGGCGUACUUCAUCCACGGCGAACACCACCACCAGGCGUUCCGGUAUUUUGUGGCCUUUCUGACCUUCCCCGUCGCCGCGACCGCCGCCCAGCUCCUCGUUCUGGGAGUCCCUACCGUGGUGGGGGCAGUCCGACAGACGGCCCUGUUUUACACCGCCUACCUGACAGGCCUGUACGCGAGCGUCUUCCUCUACCGCGCCUUUUUCCACCGCCUCCACGCGUUCCCCGGCCCGUUCGGCGCGAAGAUCUCGAAACUCUGGCACGUCUGGAAGGUGGCGCCCACCAUCGACAAUUACAAGCACCUCACCCGCAUGCACGCGCAAUACGGGACCUUUGUGCGCACCGGACCGAACGAAGUCUCCACGAUCCAUCCCGACGCCAUCGAAGUGCUCUAUGGCGCGUCCUCCAAAUGUACCAAGGGCGCCGGCUACGAAGGCAACUCGGAUUUGACCUCGAUGCAUUCGACCCGGUCCAGACGACAUCAUGACCUCCGACGCAAAGCCUGGGCGAGAGGAUUCACCCAAAACUCAUUGCGAGAAUAUGAACCUCGCGUCGAACGGUACACACAGAGCUUGAUCGAACAGAUCCGGGCCUUCUCGGGCCAGCCGAUCAACGCCGCACAGUGGUUCAACUACUACAGCUUCGACGUCAUGGGCGACCUGGCCUUUGCCAAGGACUUCGACAUGCUCAAGAACGGCCAGAAGCACUGGGCCAUCGAGAUCCUGAACGCCGGACAGCGCGGCAUCGGCGUCUUUGGCCCCGUGCCGUGGCUGUUCAUCAUCAUCAGCAGCAUCCCCCAGAUCACCAAGGAGUUCCGCAAGUUCAUCCAGUUCUGCGAGGACAUGAUGGAGGAGAGGAUGAAGAUGAAGGUCGACCGGCCGGACAUAUCGUCCUGGAUCUUGCAGUCCCCACCCAUGACGGGCACCCGGUACAGCGAACGGGCUUGGCUUACCGGCGACUCGCGGCUCAUCAUCGUGGCGGGAAGUGACACGACCGCGGCGACAUUGACCCAUCUGUUCUAUCACCUGGCCAAGGAUCAAUCCCAGCUCGAACUGCUGCGGGAAGAGGUCCAAUCUCUGGAGGGCGACCUGCAAGCCUCGAAGUUGCUCACUCUCAAGCACUUGAACGGCGCCAUCAAUGAGGCACUCCGACUUCAUCCACCUGUCCCGAGUGGAGUUGGCCGGCUCACACCGCCAGAGGGCAUCACCAUCGGAGGCACGUAUAUCCCUGGCAAUGUCAAUGUGCUGGCGCCGUCGUAUCCAUUGUUCCGAUCUCCCGAGUGUUAUGAAUAUCCGGACGAAUUCAUUCCCGAGCGAUGGUAUAGCAAGCCAGAAUUGCUGAAGCGUAGCGACGCGUUCGCCCCUUUUCUUAUCGGACCGUAUUCCUGCAUCGGCAAACAGCUGGCGUUGAUGGAGAUCCGGUCCGUGACGGCGCAGAUCCUCUUGAAUUUCGACGUCACGUUCGGACCGGGUGAGGACGGGACCACUCUGUUGGAGAAGACGCUGGACACGUUCACCAUGGAGCUGGCGCCGUUGAACUUGUGCUUCGUUCCGCGAAAGCAGGAGGUGGUGGAGGCUUGA